UUGUAGGUGAAACCCCAUUGGCUUCAUUGGCUCCUUGAUUUAAACCACGCCCGGCUUUCUGCCCGCUUCGCUGCCGCCGGGCCGGCCGCCCAGCCGCAUCACAGCCCCGCGUGCAGGGAGCCCGGGGCUGCUGCUGCUGCUGUUGUGUGGAUGCCGCGCGCGUCCUCGCUUCUUUCCAGAGAUGGCUAACAGGGGCCCGAGCUACGGCUUAAGCCGAGAGGUGCAGGAGAAGAUCGAGCAGAAGUAUGAUGCCGACCUGGAGAACAAGCUGGUGGACUGGAUCGUCCUGCAGUGCGCCGAGGACAUAGAGCACCCGCCCCCCGGCAGGGCCCAUUUUCAGAAAUGGUUAAUGGACGGGACGGUCCUGUGCAAACUGAUAAACAGUUUAUACCCACCAGGACAAGAGCCCAUUCCCAAGAUCUCAGAGUCAAAGAUGGCUUUUAAGCAGAUGGAACAAAUCUCCCAGUUCCUAAAAGCUGCGGAGAUCUACGGCGUCAGGACCACUGACAUUUUUCAGACGGUGGAUCUCUGGGAAGGGAAGGACAUGGCAGCCGUGCAGAGGACCCUGAUGGCUCUAGGCAGUGUUGCAGUCACCAAGGAUGAUGGUUGCUACCGGGGAGAGCCAUCCUGGUUUCACAGGAAAGCCCAGCAGAAUCGGAGAGGAUUUUCCGAGGAGCAGCUUCGCCAGGGACAGAGCGUGAUAGGCCUGCAGAUGGGCAGCAACAAGGGUGCCUCCCAGGCAGGCAUGACCGGGUAUGGGACACCCAGGCAGAUCAUGUGAGACACCGCAUCCCUCCCCUGCAAGAGAGGACAAGUGUUCCACACCAUGGUCUCUAUGAAAAAGAAGUAGUUAGUCACCUCUGACCUUCUCUUUCUCAAAGCCUCCUGUCCCUGGUUUUUGCAAGUGCUGCAUUUCUGCUGAGAAUCCACGUUGCCUACGCUGCCACCUUCUGUUCAUUUAGAACUAUGCAAAGACUCCGCUUUCCUCUUCCUGAGCUCCUUCUGCCCUAAAGUCUCUGGUUGUUUGAUUAUUUAUUUAUUUAUUUGCCAAAAAUCUCCCUCCUUAACUUAUAGAAUGCACCUAAUAAACAAAUUAGUCUUGUGUC